UGUGCGGCCAGUGCACCUGGCGCCGCCUCCGGAAGAGGGGAUCGGGGACCGCGGGGACCUCGGAGGGAGCCCGGCGUCGGCGGACGCUGCAGACACCAUGAGCUCCCCUGAAGGGCCGAGCUUCCCAUCGGGGCUGCUCUCGGGGGGUGCCUCCCCCAGCGGCGACGAGGGCUUCUUCCCUUUUGUGCUGGAGCGACGGGACUCAUUCCUGGGAGGGGGCCCAGGGCCUGAGGAGCCCGAGGACCUGGCCCUGCAGCUGCAGCAGAAGGAGAAAGACCUGCUAUUGGCCGCGGAGCUCGGCAAAAUGCUCCUAGAGCGCAACGAGGAGCUGCAUCGGCAGUUGGAGACACUGAGCGCCCAGCACUCUGAGCGUGAGGAACGCCUGCAGCAGGAGAACCAUGAGCUCCGCCGGGGCCUGGCAGCACGGGGAGCUGAGUGGGAGGCCAGGGCUGUGGAGCUGGAGGGGGACGUGGAGGCCCUGCGGGCCCAGCUGGGGGAGCAGCGCUCGGAGCAGCAGGACAGCGGACGCGAGCGGGCGCGGGCCCUGGGUGAACUCAGCGAGCAGAACCUCCGGCUCAGCCAGCAACUGGCCCAGGCCUCACAGACUGAGCAGGAGCUUCAGAAAGAACUGGAUGACCUUCGGGGGCAGUGCCAGGCUCAGGCUCUGGCUGGGGCAGAGCUGAGGACGCGACUGGAGAGUCUGCAGGGGGAGAACCAGAUGCUGCAGAGCCGCCGGAAGGACCUGGAGGCCCAGAUCCGAGGCCUGCGUGAGGAGAUGGAGAAAGGCCAGGGCAGGCUACAGGCAACCCACGAGGAGCUGCUGCUGCUGAGGCGGGAGAGACGGGAGCACAGCCUGGAGCUGGAGCGCGCGCGCUCCGAGGCCGGGGAGGCACUGAGCGCGCUGCGGAGGCUGCAGCGGCGGGUCUCGGAGCUGGAGGAGGAGUCGCGUCUCCAGGACGCCGACGUGUCAGGAGCCUCGCUGCAGUCGGAGCUUGCCCAUAGCCUCGACGGCGACCAGGACCAGAACGCGGAGGGACGCGGUGACGCCCCGCCCACUCUGUCCCCGGAGACCCAAGAGGCGUCCAGCCACCAGCUUUCGCCCCAGGAGGAGAGCUUGGAGCCUCCCAAAAAGCGAGCAUCCCUGAGCCCACGAGAGAUACUGGAGAAGGAGGCCGAAGUGGCUCUGCUGCAGGAUGAGAUCGCGCUGCAGCGGGCAGAACUACAGUCCCUGCGGGAGGAGCUGCAAAGGCAGAAGCAGCUGCGGGCGCAAGAGGACCCGGAUGAGGCCCUAAGCGGAGCCCUCUCGGACCGGGACGAGGCCGUGAACAAAGCCCUGGAACUGUCCCUGGAGCUCAGCCGCGUCUCUCUGGAGCGGGACUCCCUCUCCCGGGAGCUGCUUCGCACCAUCCGCCAGAAGGUGGCGCUGACGCAAGAGCUGGAGGCCUGGCAGGUGANCGGGCAGCAGCUGCGCUCGCAACGCCAGAAGGAGCUGAGCGCGGCCGGAUCCGCCCCGCGUCGCGCCGCGCCCCGCUUCUCGCUGCGCCUCAGCAACCUCUUCCGAAGGACCUGAGGGCCGGGCCGAAGGGGCCGCCCAUGCCCUCUCAGGCUCACUUUCCUCUUCCGGCCAGUGGAGCGACAGGGCCCCGACUGUCUUCCAAAGGGGGCUAGUGCCCUCCCCGCCCCAGGAGGCUGGGCAGGGGCUCACUGGGAGCAGGGGCCAGCUUUGGGGACCAGGCGCCCCAGGUGGUGGCGGGAGCAGGUGGGGCCAGCUUUGGGGACCAGGCGCCCCAGGUGGUGGCGGGAGCAGGUGGGGCAGAGCUGUCUAUUUUUCUAAUCUACAUAGGUCUAUCUUUUCUAAGCACUAGGCCCCCUGGCCCUGGCAUGCUCUACGACAGGGAUGGGGGUGGGUAUUUAUGUAUCAAGAUCAGACAGAGUAAUAUAUAAAUCAUUACACCGA